CGUAAAAUACGCCAAACUCAGUAACUUCCCACCUUCCCAACCAAAAAGCUCGCGCCACAGCAAUGGAGGAGCCCGUGGGGAAGGCGCAGCAGCCCUGCAGCAUCUGCAUGGAGCCCAUGGCGCCUUCUGACGCCCACCGCGGCGGCAGCGGGUGCGCGCACGCCUUCUGCCGGGCGUGCCUGGCGGGCCAUGUCCGCGCCAAGGUCGAGGCCGGCGCGGCCGUCGUGCGGUGCCCCGGUGUGUCCUGCGCCGGCGCUCUCGACCCGGAGCUGUGCCGCGCCGCCCUCCCGGCCGACCUGUUCGUGCGGUGGUGCGGGGUGCUAUGCGAGUCCAUGUUCCUCGGGGCGCGGCGGACCUACUGCCCUUUCCCUGACUGCUCCGAGAUGAUGGUGGCCGACGACGACGGUGGCGGCGCGUCCGAGGGGUGCGUCACGCAGUCGGAGUGUCAGGUGUGCAGGCGGCUGUUCUGCGCGCAUUGCGCGGUGCCGUGGCACGCCGGCGUGAGCUGCGCCGAGUUCGCGCAGCUCGGCGCCGGGGAGCGCGGCCGUGAGGAUCUGCUGCUCGUUGAGGCCGCCAGGGAGUGCAAAUGGAAGCGCUGCCCGCGGUGCCGGUUCUACGUCGAGAAGUCCCAUGGCUGCCUGCACAUCACAUGCAGGUGCGGCUUUGAGUUCUGCUAUGGAUGUCAAAAGCCGUGGAAACUCGAACACGACGGCUGCCCUGGAGAAUGAAGUGUGUGCCCGUAUUGAGUGUUCAAUGUGAGCAAUGACAAUUUGACAACCCACUGUAUGCCCGUUGAAACUGAAGCGGGCAACGCGAGGAGAUUUCAUGGACAUGAUAUAUCAUUCAUCCAUCAAUGUCUUAUGGAACAUGAUCAAGUUUACUUUUUAUUUUGAGCGUGCCGAAUCCAUUUUAGAGGCUUAAUUAUUGGCUAACAUUGUCAUUCUCAGACUUCGAGCAUAUGUUAGUCCCCUGAGUUGAUUCUUCAGACCUUCAAGCAUUGUUUUUGUUCCCACCAUGUCCGGUGCUUAGGCCUCGUUCGGUUUGAAGGAUUUUUUUAGGAAAAACAUAGAAACAAAGAUU